ACGCCCACCUCCCGCGCCACGCCUCCCACGGCCGGGACCCCGCCUCCUUAGCAACGGGACAGGGUCACCUUAGCAACCAACGCCGCUCCCGUCAUGGCUGAAAAGGAGGAAGUGGCCGCACGGACAGAGAAAGUUCUGCGGAGCCAGAGGGUGUUUAUAAACCUGUUAGACACGUACAGCAGCGGAAACAUCGGGAAGUUCCUGGCCAGCUCUGUAGUUGGGGCUUCCCUUGAAGAAGUCACAGAAGAAGAGGAAGAUGAAGAUGAAAAUAAGCCCACUGCCCCAGAAACCCUGUCAGCCAAGCAGAAGGAAGGCACAUUCCAGAUUGUGGGCACGCUAUCCAAGCCCAAAAGCAUCCAGCCAGACUUUGCCACAGAAAUGUACAAGAACAUCUCUCGAGCAGACCUUCUCCUGCGCCUGCUGGAGUGUGACACGAUUAUUUAUAACAUCACCGAGAGCCCAAAGCAAGCGGAGGAAGCCAUGUGGGCUGUCUCUGCGUUGAAUGAAGAAGUCAGCCACUUUGGGAAGCGCAAGGUGUUUAUUUUAGUCUCCACGGUGAUGACUUGGGCAAGAUCCAAACCUCUGGACCCUGACGACUCCGAGGUCCCAUUCACUGAAGAAGACUACCGGAGAAGAAAGAAUCAUCCGAAUUUCUUGGACCACAUAAAUGCUGAGAAAACAGUCCUCAAAUUUGGAAAAAAUACCAAAAUGUUUGCAACUUAUGUAGUCGCUGCAGGACUUCAGUACGGCAUGGAAGGAGGCAUCUUACACACAUUUUUUAAGCUUGCUUGGCUGGGUGACAUCCCUGAGUUACCUGUUUUUGGAGACGGAACAAAUGUGAUUCCGACAAUUCAUGUCCUUGACCUGGCAGGAGUGAUACAGAACAUCAUUGACCAUGUGCCGAAGCACCGCUAUCUGGUCGCCGUGGACGAGUCUGCUCACACCCUGGAGGACCUGAUCAAGUUCAUCAGUAGAAGUACCGGGCCAGGCAAGAUCCAGAAAGUACCCAGAGAAAACGCAUUCCUAAUCAAGGAGCUAACUCAAGAGAAUGUUGACCACUUACUGGUCAGUCUGAGGAUGGAAGCGCUCUUCGUGAAGGAGAAUUUCAACAUCCGAUGGGUGGCGCGGAGUGGAUUCGUGGAAAAUGUGAACAACAUCCUCAAAGAGUACAAGCAGAGCAGAGGCCUGCUGCCCAUUAAGAUUUGCAUCCUGGGUCCUCCUGCGGUGGGAAAAUCCAGCAUAGCAGAAGAGCUGUCCAAGUACUACAAACUCCAUCAUAUUAAAAUGAAGGAUGUGAUUGCUGAAGCCAUAGCGAAGCUGGAGGCGAUUGUUGCCCCCAAAGACAGAGGGGAGGAGGAUGAAGGUGAUGAGGAAGAGGAGGAGGAGAACGUGGAGGACGCUCAGGAGCUGCUGGAUGGCAUCAAGGAGAGCAUGGAAAAGAACGCAGGUGAGCUAGAAGAUCAAUAUAUAAUUCGAUUUGUGAAAGAAAAGCUAAAAUCCAUGCCUUGUAGGAAUCAAGGUUACAUCUUGGAUGGAUUCCCAAAGACCUAUGAUCAAGCAAAAGACCUGUUCAAUCAGGAAGAUGAAGAAGAGGAAGAUGAAAUCAGAGGCAAAAUAUUUCCUGUUGAUAAAUUAAUUUUACCUGAGUUUGUCUGCGGUCUGGACGCCUCAGAUGAGUUUCUGAAGGAGCGGGUGAUCAACCUCCCAGAGAGGGUCGUGGCCGGGACCUACUACACCCAGGACCGCUUCCUCCGGGCGCUGAGCAACUACCGGGACAUCAACACCGAAGAUGAGACUGUCUACAACUACUUUGACGAAAUCGAAAUCUACCCCAUACACAUUGGUAGGACCCGAAUGCUGAGGACCGUGGGGCAGAGCACAGAUGUAGGGAAACUUGAAGAUGCUCAGAACAGACUUGCUAUCAAACAGCUGAUCCGAGAGAUUGGGGAGCCUCGGAAUUACGGUCUAACAGAAGAGGAGAAGGCAGAGCUGGAGCAGAAAGCUGCAGAGAUGCACCUGGCCAAGGAGGCUGCCGAGGAGGCUGCUCGUGAGCAGAAGGAGGCUGCGGAGACAGCAGAGAGGAUGGCCCGCUGGGAGGAGUGGAAUAAACAACUAGAGGAAGUGAAGAGAGAAGAAAGAGAAUUACUGGAGGUGCAGUCUGCUCCCCUGAGAAACUACUUAAUGACCCAUGUUAUGCCGACUCUCGUGCAAGGUCUGAAUGAGUGUUGUAAGGUUAGACCGGAUGAUCCCGUUGAUUUUCUGGCAGAAUAUCUUUUCAAGAACAAUCCUGAAACGCAGUAAAACGUUGAAGACUUGGUGUCAUCCACCUUUACAGAACAACCUAACAUUGUCAUUGGAAAAAGUGCUUUCAAAAUACAUUCCCAGAUUUUGAAAUUUUUUUCCUGUAAGCAAAUAUUCUGUAAAGUAGAACCAUUAUAAAAAGCAAUAUGGCAAUAGA